CUCUCGCUGAACGUCGCGUUAAAAGUUUCGAGAAGUGGUUGAACUGGUAUUGCCCGUUCGGUUCGCCCAUCCACAGGCCUUCAGCAGCUCCUCCAUCACAACACAAAUUUUUACCCUUCCGUCUUUAAUCGUCGAACAGCUCGUCGGACCAAUUGACCAUUGGUCGACCAGUACCACCCACGCAGUUUGCUGUUGCAACCAGUUUGUUGUCUGUGUUUGUUUGUUAUCCAUUGGUACCAUACUCGAGCAUACCCAUUAUUAUACCCACAAUGACAUCUACCAUGACCAAGUGGCUUUCCUCCUUCUUCUUGACUACCACCGACACGAGCGAGGACUCGGAAACGGAGGAGGAGUUUCUUGGCGAUUGUUCGAUUCGAUCCGCGAGUGUUCUAAUGAAUGGAAUUCACGACGACGAUUCCCAGAUUGUUCACAUUCGAAGGAUUAUCGAAGAAGAAGAAGAAGAGGACGAGUUAGUGGUCGAUUUGGAAGCAGUGAUGGAAGAAACACCUCACUCGUCGCCAACGGACGACAGACUACCCGUGGUUAGCAUGAACGGCAAGCCACCGACUGUUGAGUCCAGCAAGAAGAAGAACAAGAAGAAGAGGACCACCCAGAAGCAACCCAGCAUGGAAUACGAUAUCGAAGCCCACGUCACCACCACCACCACGACAAACAAAAAGAAGAAGAAGCGUCCAAGCUUGACCGCGGGAGACUGGACUUUGCUAAAGGACAACUACGACAACUUUACUCACGACCUCAUGGUUCGCGUGGGAAUAUGCAUCUUUGUCCCCAUCGUCGUCAUCGUCCUGAUUCUCAUCUUGGUCACUCGAGGGUGAUGUGAAGCAAGAUGCUUUCUUUGGCCCGCGGUUAAGUUGACGCGUCAGUUAGGGAGCCCUCUUGAGGGCUCCCUCCAGAACUCUAUCUUUCUCUUCCUACCCUCCAAUGAAACCAUUCCAAGCGACCCAUAUCUUUACUAUCAGGGCAGCCGUUUUAAUCGGGUCGCAUCUCAGAUGACAAAAGGGGAAUUUCUUCCUCCUCCCAAGGGACUUCUGCUACAGCUCAUUACAAAGCUAGCUUUGUUCAGAAGCCAUCGCGGUACUCGUUGUACAUGGCGUCUUCUGAACAGUCGGGGCAAGCUGUCUUUCUUCCCUUCCUCUGUACUUUUACUCUUUAGUCUAGGGAAUCCAUAACUCAUAUACAUUCAUUCUGCAUCUAUCUGAUAAGGAACAAACGAUCAUCCAUGGGUCUA